AUGAACACCCGCAACGGCUACCCCAACCCCGGCGGCCCGAGCCCGAACAUCGGUUCCUCCGAUCGUGACUAUGGAAGCUCGAGAAAGCUCGAGAAUCCGGCGAUUAACCCGCUUGUGACGAAUAAUGGUUAUGGUGCUGCAGCUCCUCGAGACCGCGACCGCAGGGCCGGCGGGUAUGGGGGGUUUUAUGAGCAGCAGUCGCAGUCGCAGUCUGAGGAGCUGGAGAGGGAGCGUCGGGCCCGGUCGGCAUCGCGCGCGCGCGUGAGGGAUGAUGUGCGGUAUGGAGGAGGGCAGGGUGGUCGAUACGGUGAUGACCCCGGGCGCUGCUUGUUCGUGUUAGAUAUUGUCCGCCUUAUCCAGCGGGACUGGAACGCCAUGGCGAGCGACGAUUGCGUCCCAGUACAGGUUGGCCUUCAAUUGAUGGACCCGAGCACCCUCGGUCAAGCGGAGAGAGAGCCAGAGUUUAUACGGUCGCAUAGAGACAUCAAGAGAGCUCUGAAAGCUAUUGUGAACGAGCAUCACCAGGGCUUUAGUAGUGCAAUCGGGACAUAUCAUAAGAUUCAAUCGGGUAUCCAGAGCUCACAAAACCAGCUACGAUCGUUAAAAUCUACCUUGGGAGAGGCUAAAUCGGGUUUGCUCACGACAAAACCGGAGCUACAGGGUCUGGCCACUGGGUCACAGAGCUACAAUGAUGCUCUACAAAUGUUGAGUCAAAUAGAACACAUUCAAUCCCUUCCGGAAACUCUCGAGGCGCGAAUAUCAGAGAAAAGGUUUAUCGCUGCAGUAGAGGUUCUACAAGAAGCCCGCAAAGCCUUAAGCCGUUCAGACUUCGAGGCGGUUGGUGGGCUUGGGGAUCUACGAACAUAUUUUGCCAAUCAAGAAACAUCUCUGACGGAUAUACUCGUUGAGGAAUUACAUGACCACCUCUAUCUGAAAUCGCCGUAUUGCCAGGAUCGCUGGAAAAUGCAGCUGGAAGAUGGAGCAAGUGGCUCUAGUACGCCCCGUGGAAUUCCUGCCUGGGACAAGCCGAUACACAGGUUUCUUUCGAAUCUCAAUCUGUCUACACCCCUAGCUGAUGAUGCCUCCAACAACCCGGAGGCCGAUACCUUCUCGUAUAUCCUUUUAAUCAUUGAAACUCUUGAUAGGAUGGGAAAUAUGGAAACCGUGGUAGAUCGCAUCGAGCAGCGGCUACCGGUGGAAUUAUACGCCGUCGUAAACAAGACAAGCGCAGAGGUUGCGCUCCGCUACCCGGAUGCUACACGAGGAAUACAAAAGCGCACUUGGGCUCCUGAUCGGCCUUUGGAUACAGUUGAAGAGCAUGGUCAUGUCCUCUCUGAGUUUCUGUGGAAUUUGUACGCAAAAUUCGAGGCGAUUGCGGAAGGGCACCGUGUAGUUCAUGAUGUCAUCAGCGGAAUCGCUGAGAGGAAAGGCGCUGAAAAAGGGACGUUAACAAAUGGCUUCAAGGAGCUAUGGAAACUAUAUCAGAGUGAGAAAUUGUUCAAGCUAUCUGAAAUCGACCAAAAUUCAACCGACAUCAAAACGGAACAAGCUGCUUUGGAUGAAAUCUUGCGGUCAUCGGUUCCGGGUCUUGUGUCUAAAUCGCGGCAAAAGCUUUCCUCAAACGACUUGAACCGGUCCAACCAGGAAAGCUCAGGGACAGGCCAUAAGUUACUUAUCGAGCCUAACAUUUUUAAUAUCAGUCUCCUUUUACCUCCAGCACUUUCAUUCAUCCAAAGGCUCACAGGCAUCGUUCCGGUUGAUUCGGACAUUGAUGUUGGGAAGUUGACCACGUUCUUGGAUGACUUCAUGACCCAUGUUUUCCAGCCACAGCUUGAAGAAGCCGUGACGGAACUGUGUACUAUGUGCUUCAUUGCGGUAGACGCUUACACGCAAGAUUCGCAAUGGCACUUGCACUCGACGAAACCGAUUUUCAAAGGCACAAUCACCUUUAUGAAUCUUAUCAAAAAGUUUAGUCUGAUUUUGGACAGUAUUCCCCAUGAUCAAGCAUUUACCCAACUACUGAUUACGCAAAUGGUCACAUACUAUGAGAAAUGCUGUGGUUGGUAUAAAGGUAAAGCCUCCUUUGCUACUCUUCCAUUUACCAAACGAGCCGUUAAUGAGUGUACCGCAGCGCUUAUAAGUCGAAUGUCUUCUCAACAACCCGGCGGUGUUCGACUAAAAGCAGCCGCUGCUUAUUCUGAGCUUGAAGAAACCCGCGAUAUAGCAACCCAGCUUUGGGAGAGCCCGGUGAAUGAGCGACAAGAGCUGAUCAACAAGGAAAUCGACAUGUUGAUCAAUCGGACCAACGAGACGCCGCUAGAACCGUACGAUAUCGUUUCUGAUCCAAAGACGGUCUUCUCGGUUUCAUUGCUCUAUAAUAGCAUGAACUGGCUUGUAAGCAGCCUAUCGAAGCUGCGACACAUCACGCCCUAUAAAGUCGACUCGUCUCGAGGGCACUCCAGGCAGUUGUCGGGCGGACGCAGGUGGACUUUUUCAAAAUCGAAUCUUGAAUUCACUAACGCGCUCCCCCGUUUGCCUAUGACUGAAGAGUCAGUUGUUGGAUUCGACACCACCCUCGAAUCGAUAAGAAGCCUUGCCCUUACGGCACUAUUAACUUUGCAUCUGGACAUCCGUUGUGGAGCAAUCCACAUGGUCACUCGCAGUCUCAAAGGCAGCAUCAGCUCCCAGCUGACUGAAGCCACACCGCCCAGUCCCGCACCUUCAACGGAAAAUAUCUGGGCCCACAUCCUCUCCUCGCAGCCGACAUCCGCAUCACCAGCCAUCCUUGAACUCAACAAUGACCUCAUCGCCUUUGAUGCCAGUGUAUCUACCUACCUGGGACCCAAAGAACACUACUUUAUCACUUCUGGUUUGACAAAACUAAUCGACCGCGCUCCUCCCUCGCUCGCCCCAUCAUUCUACAAACCAGCCUACCCCAAAUCUCCCGAAGGCAAAACUCCAUCGAACCACCACCAAUCCCAAGAGAUCGUUGCUCUUCCCCGCAGCGCCAAAUUCCUCGACUGGUUCCUCGAAGGCGCCGAUAAAGCCGUCCAGUACGCCAAAGAGGAAAAGGAAGCUUUCAAACGCGGGGACGUCCAGACCAUCGAAGCCGGGAACGGUGAACCGUUUACAUAUGACGAGCUGAAGGUGCUGGUUGAACUAUGUUUUUCUGCGGUACUAAAGGGUCCGAGAGGCGCAGAGAGCCGUGAAGACUUUUUAGCUGCAAAGAGAGGGAGUGGAGAUGCGCUGUUGAGGUUGAGUGAGGUUAUGUGGGAUUCCUAA